AUGCCACGACGGGUAGAUCUACGAGAUAUGAUGACACCGGUUCAAUCACAAGGAACACUACAGUCAAGUGUUGCAUGCGCUUUAGCUGCUGCGUGUGGAUUUUUGAUAAUGAAAAAUAGUGACAAACACAUUGAUGUUAGUCGAUUGUUUAUUUAUUACAAUGGACGAGAGAAAGAAGGAAAUUGCUACGAAGAUGACGGAACAACAAUUGUGUUAGCCGUCGAAGCUCUAGAACAGCUUGGCUGCUGUGAGGAAUCAACAUGGCCUUAUGACCCAACUAUGGUCUUACAAAAGCCUACGGAACAAGCUUACAAAGAAGCUAUGAGAUAUCGCGUAUCUGAGAAGAUAUCCGUCGAUACUGAAUUAAACGCCAUGAAAGCGUGUCUCGCUCAGGGUUAUCCAUUUGUGUUUGGAAUUCAGUUAUUUGAAUCAUUUGGUCAAGCAGAUGACCCUGAAACGAAGAGAAAGGUUCCUCUACCCCAAGAAAAUGAAAAAGAAGGUUCGAAUGGUCUUUGGUGGCACGCAAUGUUAGCAGUGGGAUAUAGUGAUCGAUCCAGAUGUUUUAUUGUCAGAAAUUCGUAUGGUGACAAAUGGGGUGAUAAUGGCUACUGCUAUAUUCCAUAUGACUACAUGAGCAAUCCAAAACUUUGUUUGGAGUCAUAUAGCCUUCGAGCCCUCAGCGACGACCGUGUCCCGUAUCUCACAUCGACUAGCUCAAAAAUUUCUUCAGUUAUGACACAGCCUACAUCUACUAUCGCAACCGAUCAGGUGAAAGGUCCGCCUGCUCAAACUAGUCCUACUGCAUGCAGUCGUUUUUAUACUGCUUGUCGAAAUAAUGACAUUGAACUGGUUAAAGAAUUUCUAGAAACGAUUACACCGGAAGCCAUCGACAAAGUUGAGCCAAAUGGUUCAACAGCACUUCACGCUGCUUCGUACCUAGGUCAUCAAGAGAUUGUUGAACUGCUUCUACAAAAAGGUGCAAAUCCGGCAAUAAUCAACAAAUAUAACUGUACACCGUUAGAAGAAGCAAAAACAGAUGUAAUUAAGCAAUUGAUCACUCGUCGAAAAACUACACGUUUUUGUAGUGUAACGGUUGAAUGGAUUCUAGCCACAAAUGAUGCUGACUAUCAAGCACAUGAAUAUUGGAAAAAGCUGGAAACAUAUGGUAAAGACCCAAAAUUCUAUCAAUUAAUUAAUUAUAUAAAACAGCAUUACAUUCAAAAAGACCUGAAAGAAAUUGAUGGUAUCGAUAGUAUUAAGCAAUAUUUUGACCAUGCUGUUAACGAACGUGAUCCCCUGUAUUUAAUUAAAGCAUAUACAGCUGAAACCGGUUUCUACUCUACCCUGAAUGUCAAUCUUGCUCAAUUACAUCUUAAAAAUUUAACAACUGAAGGCAACAUCAGUCUAGCCUAUCUCAUCGGUAUCAUAGCUCGUCAUCCAAAAUUUGACGAACUGUCAUAUGUUGGGACAACAUAUCGUGGUAUGUUGAUUACAGGUGAUGAUUUAAAGCAAUACAAAAUUGGCACACGUAUAUUAACGAAAACGUUUUCAUCUACGUCGAAAGAAAUGUCGAUUGCACGAAGAUUUCUCAGUAGUUCUGUUGGUGAUGAUAGAUUAAAUGCAAUUUGCACCUAUACAAUAAGAAACCAACGUACAGCAUUAAAUAUAGAAGAAAUAUCUGUAUUUAAACGUGAACAAGAAGUAAUAAUUCUACCAUAUUCAGCAUUCAAAAUAAUCAACAUUGUACAAAAUAAAUCACAAGCUGAAAUUAAACUGAAAGAAUGUGAACCAUGGGAUUGA